CGAUCAUCAUGGUCUCAUGAGGUUCUCUGUGAGAAAACAGCAGCAGUGAUACUGCAUCUAGAACCAAACUAAAGAACUCCUCAAGGACCAGGAUGCUGAGUCUUCAUCUUACGUUAAUGCUCGUCAGUGCUCUUAGCGCGUCACUGCUGGCUGAUGGCACUAACAUACGACUCGCAAAUGGCAAUGACUCCUGCUCUGGUAGAGUGGAAAUCUAUUAUAAUAACCAGUGGGGAACAGUGUGUGAUGAUAGCUGGGAUCUGAAUGAUGCACAUGUGGUGUGUAGACAGCUUGAAUGUGGUAAAGCUGUCAGUGCUCAUCAAAGUGCCCACUUUGGUCAGGGAAAAGAUCCAAUAUGGCUGGAUGAUGUUCAGUGUUCUGGAAAUGAAAGUGACAUCACACAGUGCCGUCAUAAUGGAUUCGGGAAACACAACUGUGGCCAUGGUGAAGAUGCUGGUGUUACUUGCUCAGGGCAUAAUCAGAUCAGACUGGUGAAUGGUUCAAGUAACUGCUGUGGUCGAGUGGAGAUCCAUAACAAUGGCAGUUGGGGAACAGUGUGUGAUCAUUACUGGGACUUAAAGGAUGCAGAGGUGGUGUGUAGGCAGCUUGGAUGUGGUAAAGCCGUCAGUGCUCCUCGUAAUGCUCACUUUGGUCAGGGAACUGAACCAACCUGGCUGGAUGAUGUUCAGUGUACUGGAACUGAGAGCUACAUAGAUCAGUGCUCACACAGAGGAUUUGGAGUAGAGAACUGUGGACACCAUGAAGAUGCUGGAGUCGUGUGCUCAAACAUGCAGGCUCCUACAUUGACUCGGAUCUCCCCAAACUCUGUGGUUUCACCUAGAGAAGUCCUUCAGUUCAGAUGUUCCACACCCAGCCCAACAUGCACCUCUGUAGACUUCAGUUUAUAUAAAACUGGAACAUCAAUAAAGAAGCAAACUGCAGAGUCUACAACAACAUUUACUCUGACUGUAGAAGCUUCACAUCAGGGCGAGUACACCUGUGAUUACACAUACAGGGAAACAUCCUCCACUUCAUCCAGGAGCAGCUCCAUUAGCAUUACUGUGGUGAACCUGCUGCAGCCCCGUGUCUCCUUCAGUGCUGCCAGUGGUUCAUUUCACUGGGGAUCUGAUGGACCAGAGGUGACAAGGGGUUCCAGCUUCUCCAUUAUUUGCUCCACCAAACCUCAGCAUCCAGGCGGUUCCUUCCAUUUAAAGUUAAGUGGAUCUAACUUCACCAAAACUCAAUCAGCUGUUAACCACUCAGCCAUCUUCCUGUUCCCUGAGGCAGAUUUUGUCAAUCAGGGAAACUACAGCUGUACUUAUGAAGUUAGCGUGAAUUCACGUUCCUUUACCUCCACUGCCACUGAGGUCCUCGUCAUUACUGUGAAAGCAUCUCUGGCUCCCUACAUUGGUGUAGGAGUGACAGCAGGACUUCUCCUCUUAGUUUCAAUCAUCAUUUGCUUUUUGAAAAUGCAAAAUAGAAGAAAGGUUCAACUAAAGAAGAAGAACAGCAAACAGUGUGCCAGAAACUCAUAUGAGAUUCCCCCAGAACAGACGGAGCCAGAUAACAAUGAAGCUGAUUAUGAAAAUGCAGAAACCAUUUUCAGCAGAAGGAGCAUUCAGGAGAUUCAGAUGAUGACUAUGUUAAUGUUGAUGCUGAGGAUCAAAAAAGUGAUGUGAGCAAUGACUAUGAGGAAGCAGAGAUUAACGCUGCUUUUGAAAAGGCAGAAACAUGUUUCCAGCAGAAGGAGGAUUCAGAAGGUUCUGAUGAUGAUUAUGUUAAUGUUGGUGCUGAUGAACAAAGAAGUGAUGUGUACAAUGACUAUGAGGGGGUGGACAUUUAUGUAACAUAGUGUUCAGAUAAUUUUCCACUGUUAAGAUAUUAUCAUUGUUAUGUUUCUUUUACGUGAACUUUAAAAUAAGUUGUUUUUCAUUAACCAGGAAUCUGUUUUAAUGGCUAGACAGAUCACUUUAUUCAUUCUAGAGGAAAAUUUGUCCUUAUGAUGGCGUAUUAGGGCCAAUUUGGUAUGAAAAAGAAAAUGGAAGUAUUUCCUUGUUGCUAAAUCCAAGUAAAAGUAAAGUUUGAUUAGAUCUGGCGCAGAACAAAUGACGUCUACCAAACCUUGUAAAGUGUAUAUGCGGUUUUCUCAGUUGAUAGAAAAAAACCAACAAAUUUGUGCUUUACAAACUAAAUUUUCAAGUUUAUUCCCUGCAAAUUUUGAGUUUUAACCUAGAAAAUUUUCACUUACAACUUAAAAGUUUUGAGUUUUAAACUCGGAAAUUCCCUGCCCCUCCCCUUCCAAAUCUUUGGGUGUUUUUUUAUCCCGUAUUAGCCCUAAUACGCCGUCGUACGUCCAGACCCUGAUGCAGAUAUAUCAAACUUUUUGUUGCUAUUAACACAUUUACUUACUAAAGCAAAUACAAUUAUGAUUAAUUAAGAAUAAUUAUUUAAUUGUUACUGAAAUGUAUUUUUUAUUGUUCUUUUACUCCUAUCACACCACUGAAAAAUGUCACGGAGUCUGUUG